CCGGAAAAGCGAAGUGAAUCCUCCGAUAUUUUCAGACGUCCCCGAAGCUGCCAUGGAGCCAGGUGGCAAUGUGUAUCGAGAGGCGCUGGGGAACGGCGUGGCCCCAGACGUCCAGGGGGUUGAUGACGUGAUGAAUGGGCCUGUCCUGAAUGGUGCAGAGGUUCAGCUGGAUAACUUUGUGGGGGCUCAUGCUGAGUACAACGAAGAAGAGGAAGAGCGCAAGUAUUUCCGCCGCAAGCGUUUUGGCAUUAUCAAGAACCUCGUGGCGGCCAGCAUGGGGGGAAUGCUGACCUACAGUGUUUUUCUAGGCCUUCUUCAGAUGCAGCUCAUCCUGCACUAUGAUGAGACCUAUCGGGAGGUGAAAUACAGCAACCUAGGACUGCAGAACAUUGACAGCAAGAUGCUGAUGGGUAUUAAUGUCACCCCGAUUGCUGCUCUGCUCUACACUCCACUCCUCAUCAGGUUCUUUGGCACCAAGUGGAUGUUCUUCUUGGCAGUGGGCAUCUAUGCACUCUUUGUCUCCACCAAUUACUGGGAGCGCUACUAUACCUUGGUGCCAUCAGCUGUGGCAAUUGGGGCUGCCAUUGUACCACUCUGGGCCUCCAUGGGUAACUACAUCACCCGGAUGGCACAGAAGUACUAUGAAUAUGUGAACUACAAGACAGAGCAUGUCGAAGAGCAGAAACGGGCACCACAUGGGGCCUACAACUCCUACAUCAUCGCCUUCCAGACGGUCUUCUAUAGCCUCUUCAAUCUGAGCUUUGUCUGUGCCCAGAUGCCCAUGUUUUUCUUCCUGAAGCAUUAUCUCUCUGAUUUGCAUCACACACUUUUUGCUGUGCAGCACUGUGGCACCAACAGCCAUGGGAUCCUCACAGGUUUCAACACCACAGUUCUGCAGAGACUUCCACGCAGCAGCGAGCUCAUCAUGGUGGAGAGUGUGCUCAUGGGCGUGGCUUUCCUCGCCAUGCUCCUGGUGUUGAUCCUCUGUGGCUCAGCCUAUCGCCCCACAGAGGAGAUUGAUUUACGCAGUAUUGGCUGGGGCAACAUCUUCCAGCUGCCUUUCAAGCACAUGCGAGACUACCGUAUGCGCCAUCUCAUCCUCUUCUUCAUAUACAGUGGCUUUGAGGUGGUUUUCGUCUGCACUGGCUUUGCCUUGAACUAUGGCGUCUGCUCCAUUGGCCUGGAGCACAUGGCUUACAUCCUCACCACUUAUGGACUCUCCUCUGCCGUCUGCUGCAGCUUGGCCCUCUCCAUGCUGUGCCUGCCCCGCCAGGUUCCCCUACUUGCUGGAGCUUCCGUCCAUGCCAUCCUCUUGAUUGCCCUCUUUUGCUGGGAGCCCCAGCCCCGGGCCUUAGGCGAAGCACCCAUGCUCUACCUGGUGGCAGCACUCUGGGGCCUUGGCAGUGCCCUCAACAAGACAGGCCUCAGCACACUCAUGGGAAUUCUCUAUGAAGAUAAAGAGCGACAGGAUUUCGUCUUCACCAUCUACCACUGGUGGCAAGCCCUGGCCAUCUUUGUGGUUUACUUGUGGUCUGGACUGCCAAUGAAGGCUAAGUUAUCCAUCAUACUUGCUACUCUGGUAGCUGCAGUGUUCUCAUACAUAUGGAUGGAGCGUAAAGUAGCCCAGUUGAUCCCACACCGCCUUCCCAAGAUUCCCAAGCCCCGCCACAAGGUGCGGGGCUACCGCUACCUGGAAAACGACUCUGAUGAGACUGACUCAGAGAGGGAGGAGGAGGAGGAGGAGGAGGCAGCGGCAGCUGAAGAUGAAGAGCCCGGUGGUCUGCAGGGGCAGCCUCGGCGCAGGAACAAGUGUGCUUUUGAGCAGGCCCUGGAGGAGGAGGCUGGGGACCAUGAGGGCUAGCUUGUGGCCGGGUCCCACACUUUUGGCACCAGGUCAACCUGUCUACUCUAGUCUUGGCUGGGCCAUGACUGUCUCAACACCUUAGGCUCUCUCCAUUAACAUAAUUCCCCUCUUAUGUUUUUUAAGUUUGCCUUGGGAAUAUAGGCUUCGUGAUCUGUUUCCCAAUCUUAUUUCCCCGACCUUUUGACAUUCUUGGCCCACACGCUAGCUUGGAGAGAGGGGAAGUAUAGAGGCAGCCUAUUUGCUGACCAAGGGUACUAGUUCUCUCCCUGCAUGGUAGAGAUCUCUACUCUCCAUCUUCUAAUUGUGGAUACUACCCAAAACACAGGCAUUGUUCCAUAGAACAGCCUGAAUGGAUUGUGACAGAUGGAUUCAAAAGAUAAAACUUGAUGCUCAAGGUGUAAUGCCUUAGAGCUGGAGAGAAGAGGGAGAAGCACACUGAGCAUUUAUUUUCCUUUGGAAACCAUUUGAACUGGCAAUAAAGUAUAAGUAUAUUUUAAUA